AUGGUUCAAGCUUGGUUCAUGGACAAUGAGACGACUGACCAACGUUUGGAGCAUCACAGGAAUCCACCAGAAUUCAUAUCGCUCGAGGAUUUGUUCAAAAAAACUGGUGUCGAGUAUUUCAAAUUGAAUGUCGACACCUUUGCAACAGAUGGAGUACUUGACAAGCUGAAGGCAGAGAGGGGAUACACCUACGAAGAUGAGAUGGUGUGCUCCAAAGAGUGCCUACCAAAUUAUGAAGAGAAGAUUAAGUCUUUCUUCACGGAACAUUUGCAUACUGAUGAAGAAAUCAGGUUCGUUCUCGACGGUUCCGGUUAUUUCGACGUACGCGACGCGGCGGAUCAGUGGAUUCGCAUCGCCGUGAGCGCCGGCGACAUGAUCGUCAUACCCAGAGGCAUCUAUCAUAGAUUCACACUUGACACCAAGAACUAUAUAAAAGCCAAGCGUUUCUUCAUCGGCGAGCCGGUGUGGCUGCCGUACAACAGGCCCGCUGACGACCUGGACUGUCGCAAGGAGUACGUAGAGAAACUGAACAAGGGCUUUGUUGCACCAGCCUGCUAG